GAAAAGCGUCAAAAAACAAGAGAAGAAGAAGAAAUGAGAAAAAGCGCAGUGUUGUUUUUGUGCUCUUCAUCAUUUAUCUGAUUAAUGUUUGUUAUCUCUUUCAGCUGGAGUCUUACAAUGUCUGCAUCGAAGAGGAAUUACAAAUGUUUUGUUUUGGGAUGUACCAAUGAACAUCAGAGUCUCCAUAGACUGCCACAAUCUGAGUCACUGAGGACGUUGUGGUUGGAUUUCAUUUUUUAUGGAAAUGUCCCAAAGAGAGUACCUAGAAUGUUACACGUUUGCGCCAAUCAUUUUACACCAGACUGCUUCAAAAACGAGAGUCAGUUCAACACUGGAUUUUCAACCAGCUGGAUUCUAAAAAAUGAGUCAAUACCAACGCUUCAUUCUCAAACCUUAAAAUCAGAACAAGAUGUAUCUGGUGUCUCUGUCAGUGGCUUCACUGAUCAAACAUCUACAGAUAUUCUGGUUUCUGUCUGUAAUGGAGAAGAAGAGAAGACAUCAGUAAAUUUGCUGGACUGUGGGAUGGAGCUGAAACAAGAAGUCAAAGAAGAAGAACAGACAGAUGAAGGGCAUUUGAUUCAUUCAGACCUGAUGAUGGUGAAGUUGGAAAGUUUUCAAUCAAAUAACCUAGAGGAGAAACCUCAUCAUUUUAAACCUGGAGAAGAAUCUCUGAGCUGCUUAAAGACUGAGAUUUUGUCAGACAACGAUGCUUGUACGUGCUCACUGUGUGGUAAAAUCUUCAAUGGUCAGUCUGAGCUUAAUGCGCACAUGCAAAUUCACACUGGAGAAAAGCCUAACAGAUGCAAUGAAUGUGGAAAGAGCUUCACUUAUAAGUCUAGGCUUGUGACACACAAGAGAAUUCACACUGGAGAAAGACCUUACGGUUGUGACCAGUGUGGACAGACCUUCACUUGUAAGUACAGCCUUGAUGUUCACAUGAGAAUUCACACUGGAGAAAAGCCUUACACAUGUGAUGAAUGUGGAAAGAGCUUCACUUAUAAGUCCCACCUUACUGUCCACAGGAGAAUUCACACUGGAGAAAAGCCUUACAGUUGUGACCUGUGUGAACAUACCUUCAACUAUAAGUCCAACCUUACUUCGCACAUGAGAAUUCACACUGGAGAAAAGCCUUACAGUUGUGACCAGUGUGGACAGAGAUUCAUUUCUAAGUCCAAGCUUGAUACUCACAGGAUAAUUCAUACUCAAUUAAAGACUUACAGUUGCGACCAGUGUGGACAGACCUUCACUAAUAUGUCCCACUUUACUGUGCACAGGAGAAUUCACACUGGAAAAAAGCCUUACAGUUGUGACCAGUGUGAACAGACUUUCGCGCAACAGUCCAGGCUUGAUGUGCACAUCAGAAUUCACACUGGAGAAAGGCCUUACAAAUGUGACCAGUGUGAACAGGUCUUCAAUUAUAAGUCCAAUCUUACUGUGCACAGGAGAAUUCACACAGGAGAAAGUCCUCACAGAUGUGACCAUUGUGGAGAGAGCUUCACGCAAAAGUCCAGUCUUAGUUUGCACAAGAGGAUUCACACUGCAGAACACGCACACACCCGGAGCAGUGGACAGUUAUCACUGCAGCGCCCAGGGAGCAUUGGGGGACAAAUCAGGUCCUCCUGUUUUCCAUUUCUGCCUAAUCUGAAGGUUUGUUCUCUUUCUCCUCCUCUGAAAUUUGUACCCUGGUCUGCCAAGAGCUCAAAGGGUUUGCCGCGUCUGGCUAUGAAUCUCCGUAGGGCCAUCAAGAAGGAAUCUGUGUCCAUACUGUGUAAGGUCCGAAACAGUCUACACCCGUGGAAUAAAAUACUGGUUGAUGGAUCCUUAAUCUGGCCUGAGGAAGAUCUGCCAUUUUGGGAGGGGUUGUCCUGUGAAGGCACAUACCUCCAGGUAUCAGACUCCGUGAGCUCCUGUAUUUCAGCCACUCUGGUGCCUACAAACACUUUGAAUCGGCAAGAUUGUGACAGAAGCCAGUUAAGCACAGUUGUGGAAUCAGACCACAGAGAAUCGCAGCAGCGGCUUGUCUUCAGGCAGAAGGCGCACCUGAUGGAACAUACCACGAAUGUCGCUGCUAACUGCAAUGGAAUGUUCUCUGAAACUUUCUCCACAUCAGCAUACAGGCUGUCAAUGGGUCGCAGGCUAGUGAAGAGACAAUGCUGUGGGGAAAAUUUGGUUGUUAUAUCUUGUGCUGGACCCUGUAAUGUCCAUCCCAAGCGUGUUCUCACAGCAGCAGGGCCACCCGGUGGGCCUAGUCUGACUGGUUCUAUGGGUGUUAUGAGAUUCUCUUCUACAAUGAUGUCAAUACAGGGAGAAGCCCCGCCUACAACUGGUGACGAUCUGACUUAUCAUCACAGACGCAGCCCUGAGUCACAAGCACAGAGUCCAUCAUUUUUGUAUGUUCGCUGUAGCAGCUGGAGUCCUACAAUGUCUGCACUGAAGAGGAAUUACAAAUGUUGGCUUUUGGGAUGUACCAAUAAACAUCAGAGUCUCUAUAGACUGCCACAAUCUCAGCCACUGAGAGCAUCGUGGUUAGAUUUCAUUUUUUAUGGAAAUGUCCCAAAGAAAGUACCUAGAAACUUACACGUUUGCGCCAAUCAUUUUACACCAGACUGCUUUAAAAACGAGAGUCAGUUCAACGCUGGAUUUUCAACCAGCUUGAUUCUGAAUAAUGAGUCAAUACCAACGCUUCGUUCUCAAACCGUAAAAUCAGAACAAGAUGUAUCUGGUGUCUCUGUCUGUGGCUUCACUGAUAAACCACCAACAGAUCUUCUGGUUUCUGUCUGUAAUGGAGAAGAAAAGAAGACCGUAAAUCUGCCGGACUGUGGGAUGGAGCUGAAACAAGAAAUCACAGAAGAAGGAGAACAGACAGAUGAAGGGGAUUUGAUUUAUUCAGACCUGAUGAAGUUGGAAAGUUUUCAAUCAAAUAACCUAGAAGAGAAACCUCAUCAUUUUAAACCUGGAGAAAAAUCUUUGAGCUGCUUGAAGACUGAGAAGAUUUUGUCAGUUGAAGAUUCUUGUAUGUGCUCUCUGUGUAGGAAAAUGUUCAAUAGUCAGUCCGAACUUAAUGCACACAUGCAAAUUCACACUGGAGAAAAGUCUUACAGUUGUGAACAGUGUGGACAGAUGUUCACUCGUAAGUCCAGCCUUAAUGUUCACAGGAGAAUUCACACUGGAGAAAAGCCUUACCCAUGCGAUAAAUGUGAAAAGACCUUCACUUAUAAGUCCUACCUUACUGUGCACAAGAUGAUUCACACUGGAGAAAAGCCUUACAGUUGUGACCAGUGUGGACACACCUUCAGUUGUAAGUCAAGCCUUACUAAACACAAGAGAAUUCACACUGGAGAAAAGCCUUACAGUUGUGAUAAAUGUAAACAGACCUUCACUUAUAAUACAAGCCUUACUAAACACAAGAGAAUUCACGCUCGAGGAAAUCCUUACAGUUGUGACCAGUGUGGAAAGAGCUUCAUUUCUAAGUCCAGGCUUGAUACUCACAAAAUGAUUCACACUCGAGUAAAGUCUUACAGUUGUAACAAGUGUGAACAGACCUUCACUAAUUUGUUCCACCUUACCGCGCACAGAAAAAUUCACACUGGAGUAAAGCAUUACAGUUGUGACCAGUGUGGAAAGACCUUCGCUCAGAAGUCCCAUCUUACUGUGCACAUAAGAAUUCACACUGGAGAAAAGCCUUAUAGUUGUGACCAGUGUGGAGAGAGCUUCACUUAUAAGUCCACCUUUGAUGUACACAUGAGAAUUCACACUGGAGAAAAGCCUUACAGUUGUGACCAGUGUGGAGAGAGCUUCACUUUUAAGGCCAAUCUUACUGUGCACGGGAAAAUUCACACAGGAGAAAGUCCUUACAGAUGUGACCAUUGUGGAGCGAGCUUCAGUCAAAAGUCCAGCCUUAGUUUGCACAAGAGAGUUCAUACUGCAGAACACGCACAUACCCGGAGCAGUCAACAGCUAUCACUGCAGCGCCCAGGGAGCAUUGGGGGACAAGGGCCUUGAUCAAAGCCUCGAACCAACAACUCUCUGGUUACAAGCCAAGCGCUCUAACCAUUAGGCCACAACUGCCUCCUACACCAGUCUUCACAGUGGCACCAAGUGGUCGCUUGCAUGCUGACAAUAGGUGUGCUUGAGUUCAUGCGGUGCUGCACAGACCGAUCAGCGAGGUUUGCAGUUUGCAAUCAAGGGAGGAGUUGAAGACGGUGCCAUCAGGUCUGACACCUGCUGCUUGCCGUAGUGACGUGUGCGCCAUAUUUCUUGGGCAGUUUGGCUUCUGCCCAGAUAAAACUCACCUGACCAAGUUAAUCACAAUCUAUAGGCAUGGGUUUGUUCGACUUUAUGCGGCAGUGGACAGACCGAUCAGCGUUUAAUUUCAAAGUACAGUGAUCAAUUUGAAAGUAUACAAUGCAGUCUGCGCUCAGACCUAGAGCUAAACACUGCAGGAAAGUGGACCUCGCGGGCUGGAGUUGAGAACCUUAGACCUACAUAUUGUUUUUGUCAAACAAGGAAGUGUGGGAAGGUCCUCCUGGGUGAAGUCUUCAUAGUUGUAACAGCAAUGUAAAGAUCUAAUGUUUAGCUUAUUUUUGAAACAAAAGAAAGUAGGAAUGUCGAUCUAAAUUGAGGUUUUCUUGAAAAGAACAUUAAUCACUUGGCAACUCUGAAGGAUUGGGGUGAUUUCGAAUGUUUACAAUUUUUAUGCCCCUCCCACACUACACCGUUCGAGCUCGUCCUUGUCAGUCCAUGUGCACGAGUAUUUUUGUCAACGCAUCCUUAGCAAGCAGACUUAGAUUACUUGUAUAACACCCAGAAAUACAAUCAAUGGUUGAUAAAGCACAAUUACCUGUCGACAAGAAAUGUGGCAAGCUCUGCAUCCAGCUUGAACCCUUUAAAAUCUCGUAGAUUCCUCCACAUUUCAAAUGCCGGUCUGAUAUUAAUCCUAGUUUUAUUACAGGCACGGUCACUUUCUAUCUUUGUUUCCUUUUUUUAUUGGUUGUUUUCGUAGCUCUGGGUUGUUAAAGGACAAGUUCGGUAUUUUACACUUAAAGCCCUGUUUUUAGAUUGUUUAUGAUGAAAUAGAACGGUUUUGACUGAAAUUUGGACACAUGAUGCUGGCCGGAGAAUUUUCGGUAUCUGUUGUAUCACCCCCCCAACUCUACAAUGGCUGUAUAGGUGCACUGGAACAAUUCUUCCUAAUAUGCAUUAAACUUUAGUUUACAAAGACGUGAAAGGGGUCAGGGGUGUUCACUGAUAUGCUCCCACAAAAAUUGCUGCAAAAGAUGCAGGUGUUUUACCAUUCAUUGUAAACUUGUGGACCUAUUUUUCCAAACGCCUCACACCCCUACAUUCUUCCGUUGAGAGCUUGAAUAAUAGCCACUCCAGCCCAGUUGGUGGCGAUAAUCCACCUUUGCAAAUUGCAAGAAUACAAACAACUCCAUUUCCGUUUCCGGUGGCGGAGUAAUAGCGUACCUCACAGCACAUCUAAUACAAGUCAAUGGAGUUGGACAAAACUACGAUAAAACCUGUUGGAAUGCAUCUUUUGCAGAGAUUUUUGUGUGAGCAUAUCAGUGAACACCCCUGACCACUCAGUAAGUUUCACGUCUUUGUAAAUGAAAGUUUAAUGUAUUCUAGGAAGGAUUUUUCCAGGGCACCUAUGCAGCCAUUGUAGAGGUGGGGGUUGAUACAACAAAAACCCGGAAAAUACCGAACAUCUCUCCGCCAUCACGCUGCGUUCAAUCCAACACACCUGUGAACUUCAAGCAGAUGCAUGCGAUAUUGUAGGAGGGUGGGGGGUGGAUUUGUGGCGCGUGCAGGAACUGUGAUUGACAGUUAGAUUUUACACAGCCCUCACUGAUUGGACCAGGUGAACCGGCAUGCGCUGAUUGGACCAGAUGAACCAGUUUUUGCAAACCAAAUAACUGGCUCUAGGUGGAGGUAGAAGCGUGUUUUUUCUUUCUUAACAGUCUAAUUUAUGUUGUUCUAUCGGAGCAUAGUGUCAGUUUUGGUAAAUAUGAUCAAAAAUAUCUUGCCGGCCGCAGCUUUAAGAGUGACGACUCAACGAUCUUCCUUCUGCUAAAAACAUCUGUUUUGACAAGAAGUCAAGUCUUUAUCAAGUAUUAUAACUGUCUUAAGUAAAUGUUUGAUUAACUGUUGGGGAAAAUAUCUGAUGUGUAACUUUUAUAUUAGAUCUUUUUAUUAAAGUAGAUCUUAAAACUCUGUGUUUCAAUGUCAAUCAAACA